CAACCCAAAUGCCUUUGCUUCUCUUACCCCCAUAGAAGAGAAACCCAAAUAUCUUCUCUCUUUUUUCUCUCCCUCUUACACUGAUUUUCUCGGAAAAGAGAUGCAACCCUGUAGCAGAGAAAUGCAAGGAAUAAAUUCUCUCCUAAACCCAUCUUCUCAAAUCCCUCUUCAAGACCUUCAAAAUCAACAGAUCCAAACUCCUCAUUUCGAUCCUUCUUCCUCUUCCAACGAUGAUUUUCUUGAACAAAUGCUUUCUACUUUGCCUUCCUGUUCCUGGACUGACCUCAAGUCUCCUUGGGAUCUUAACCCCACUACUAAUCUCAAUAUCCCCAUUAAUAAUUCCUCUGCUAACCCCCCCGGUGAUUUAUCCGAUGAAACGCCGCCUUCUAUUCCUGAGAAUGUUGCCUUCCAUAACUUUGAUGAGUCUGCGAUUUUGGCCUCCAAGCUCAGACAGCAUCAGAUCAGUGGAGGUCCCUCACCUGCAGCUGCUGCUGCUGCUGCUGCUAAGCUCAUGCUUCAGCAACAGUUUAUGAUGGCCACCAGAGGAGGUGCGAUGCCUCAGAACGACGUCGUUGAUGGGUCGUCUUUCAAGUCUCCUACUCAGGGAGGAGAUGGUUCAGUUCAGGCGCUCUAUAGUAAUGGGUUUGGUGCUGGAUCUAUGCAUGGAACUGGGCAGGCAUCGAACCACUCUCAGCAGCAUUUCCACCAUCCUCAGGCGCAGAACUUUAGUACCCCUGGAGGUGCUGCAGCGAUGAACCAAUCUCAGGCAAGCGGGUCAACCGGUGGUGCACCGGCGCAGCCUAAACAGAGGGUGAGGGCUAGGAGGGGUCAAGCCACUGACCCACAUAGCAUAGCUGAAAGGUUACGCAGGGAGAGAAUUGCAGAGAGAAUGAAAGCGCUUCAGGAACUGGUUCCCAAUGCCAAUAAGACGGACAAGGCUUCAAUGCUAGAUGAGAUCAUCGACUAUGUCAAAUUCCUCCAGCUUCAAGUGAAGGUGCUGAGUAUGAGCAGGUUGGGCGGUGCAGCGGCGGUGGCUCCACUCGUUGCUGAUAUGUCCUCGGAGGGAGGAGGACGCGGAGGUGGUGACUGUAUUCAGGCCACUGCUAAUGGUGGGUCCCUUCCUCGCACCUCUACUAACGCUUCCCAAACUCCGUCUUCCAACGACAAUACCUUAACGGUAACCGAACACCAAGUCGCUAAACUCAUGGAAGAAGAUAUGGGUUCCGCCAUGCAAUAUUUACAAGGCAAAGGUCUCUGCCUCAUGCCUAUUUCCCUCGCUACCGCCAUUUCAACCGCUACCUCCCACUCCCGGAAUCCCGUCCUCAACGCCAACAACUCCAAUCACCACCACAAUUUGCUCCAAUCCAACGGUGAAGGACCCUCUUCGCCUAGCAUGUCAGUGUUGACUGUCCAGUCAGCCACUAUGGGUAACGGUGGUGGUGACGCUUCUGUCAAAGAUGCUGCCUCCGUUUCAAAGCCGUGAUAACGACGUUGGCUGACUCACUGACUUUUUGGAUGUUCCUUUACUUUUUUAAAAUCCUCAUCAAGUAAAUAAGAAGAAAAAGAAGAAGAAAGAGAUAGAGAAGGUGACGUGUAGGAUUCAACGGCGGUUUCAAAGUCUACGAAAAUACGGGUCAUUAAAUAUAUCUAGUAGUCUUUAACACGACGCCGUAUUGUUGUUGACUUUGGCUGAAAGCUUUAGCUAACAACUUCCAGCAACACCACUACCAGUACCAACAAGAAGACAACAAACAAACCAACAAGAUCCACAAAAUCUCCAUGACAAGGAUAAUAACUUCUUUUUUUUUUUUAAUUUAAUUAUUUUUUUUGAAAUUUUAUUUCAUUAGUAUUUUGCUUUGGUAAUUUGAAUUUAGUGUCUGUCGUGUUCUCUGUGGUGAUGUUUAGCAGUAUUAUUAGAAUUUGAUUAGCUUUAAUAAUUACGGAAUUAUUAUUGUGAAUAAUUUUUUAA